UUAAAAGAAAGGAUCGCCCAGCAACUCGCUGGUCAUCGAGCCUGAAGGGGUGCUCUUGUUUUCACCAUGGCCGCGUCUUCCCAUCUGACAGCCGAGCAGGCGGCUGCUUGGUCUGAGUCCCGUCAGUCAGCCAUUUUGGGGGUCGUUAUUACGAUGCUGGUUCUGGGCAAUCUCUCAGUCCCGAUGCGCUUUUGGGCGCAGUGGAGGAUUCAAAAGCGUGUCAUGCCGGAGGACUACUGUCUCGUUGUGGCUCUGCUCUUUGCCAACGUCGUGUCCGCCGCCCUGCUGGUGGCGUGGUAUAACGGGUUUGGCUUACAUGUCUGGCGGGUGGAAAUAGAGGACCCGACGAUGAGACACUUGCGGAAUAUCUUCACUAACUUCUGGAUCACCGCCGUCUUCAACGGACCCUCGCUGUUCGCCACCAAACUGGCCCUCCUGCUCUACUAUCGUCGUCUGUUCAUCAUCAACCAGCGCUGGAUCCGCAUUGCGUGGUGGGCGAAUCUCAUCUAUGUCUCGCUAUGGGUGGUUGGGUCCACCGUGUUCUACAUCCUACAAUGCCUCCCCCCGAGCUACUAUUGGGAACGAGUCGAUCCUCACUCCACCAUCAAGCACGGAUCAUGUCCUCACAGCACCAACAUCAUCGGACUGCCCCUCAUCCUCAACAUUCUAUCUGAUGUGACCAUUCUUUUGCUCCCAGUCAUCUCUGUUACUCGGUUGCAGAUGCAUCUGAUCCGCAAGAUCGGCCUAGCUGCCGUGUUCUCGGUCGGUGUUGCUGCUUCAGCCAGUGCCCUUGCCCGUGUUCUCGUGCUUGAAGUCAGCACGGACGUGCAAUCCGACGCCACCUUCAACACGGUCGCAUUCGAGAUCCUCUGCGUCGUCGAGCUGAACCUGGCCAUCGUCUGUACAUGUGCCGUGCCCAUUGCUUCGUGUCUGCGCAUGGCUCGCGCCAAGAGCCAGCAUCAGACGGAUGGGUACGAAAUGUACGGAGCGGCGUCCAAGACAGGCCGAAGUCUGACCAAGACACAUCUUUCCACUAUUACAGCUCAGAAGACCACCGCCGGUCGGUCGGCCAGCACUGAGCAGCUGCACUACGGAAGCGCGACGACGAGUUGCGUCACAAAGGAGGAUGGCCGGUGGGAGAGCGAUUCGGGGGGUGCACAUCAGAUUAGGGUGAAGGUGGAUGUGGAUGUUCGAUAA